UAAAGCCAUGCACAGACCAUUGGUUCUCGCUAAGAGCUCGGUUCUGUCCUUACAACACCUUGAGGGGAGUUCGAAUCUUGAGGAGAGGUCCUAUCUUGCUACACGGCCAGUGGUCUGUUGUGUCUCGUGCCCUCUGAGGUCAGGAUUGGUAACGGCUGGUGAAUACUGUUCAGGGAGCUACAACUACAAGUAUUGUUCAGGGAGCUGUUGCUCCGACGAAUGCUGUGACCUUGCGGGCGCGGCGGUUGCCCUCAUCGUCGGCUGCGUCAUUGGGGCCAUCGUCUUCAUCGCCAGCAUCAUCGCCUGCAUCUGUUGCUGCAUCAAAAGUCAGACAUCAUCCACAAGAGUGAUCUACCCGGCGGCUGCCCCGGCAACAGGAAACGUGACAGUUGUCAGCUCAGCUGCUCAAAUGUCUCAGUGGUCUCAACCUGGACCCAGUCAGCAGCAGGCAGGACCAUAUGGAGGACAAUAUGGAGGACCAUAUGGAGGAGUGCAGUUCUCAGCACACUACACCGGACCACCGCCCUACAACCCUGCACCUCAACCUUCUGAGGGUAAAGGAGCUCCUCCAGGCUCAGUACCUGCAUAAUCGACUUGAGUGGUUUUUUAUUCACUUUGAGGAGUCUUGCCUUGGAUUCCAUUUUUGUUUUGUUUGUUUUGGUGAAGUAUCCACAAGGCCACUUACCCACUGUCUGUAUGUGAUUAUACAGUAUUUUGACUGCUGGCUACCACCUGUUCACUGUCAGACUAAAGACCGAAUUGUGAUCAGCUUUCAAUGGUUUCAGUGAAGUUCAUUCUCAGAUUGCAUCAAGUGGUCCUUACCUGGAACAUCUCCGUCCAUCGAUGUGUUUACCACACGACUGUCCCGCUACAGGAAUGUGUAGGUACACCGUGUCUACAAGAAACCAGGUAGACUUGUGGCACUUGCCUCAACAGCUAUACUAUUUUAAUUAAUUAAGAAACAAACUGUCAGAUUGUUAAAGGAUUGAACAGUUUCAAACUGAAAAAAGGCGUUAAACGAGUUAAAUUAUGUUUUCUGCUCUUUUAUUUCACAAGGCAAAUGUCUGGUCAUCAUGCACCACGUCUCAAAAGGUGUUUUGAUCAUAGAAACAAGUGUAUCUUGUCGAGAUGUGAGCAGUCUAACGGGGUUAGUGACCUUUUCUACAUCCAGUGGCCAUGCUGUUUGUCUGUCUUGUUGCAACUGGACUUUGUGACAUCAGACAGACAUGUAGUCUCUUGUCACCUUAGCUCCAGCUGAGUAUAAAGCCCUCUAACAAUCCUGUCUGUAUAACAAUAAUCCUUUGUCUUGUUGUCUGAUGAUAAUGAAAUGUUGUCUAAUAUUGUCAGGGUAACUACAGCUGAUCAUAAAAUCCUGUCCAACACGUGUAAUAAUCUUGUUUGAAAAAUCCUGUCAUCUAUGUCAUCAUAAUAAAAUAUAUUGACAGUUUCACUGAAUAAUCCUGUCAUCUUCCUGUCUUGUCAUGAUACUUUAUGUAAACAAAUCUUUCUUUUUCA